GAACGUACGUGUGUGGAGUUGUUGUGACUGUGGCAUCUCCGCUGAGCAAAGUCUAAAGAGACUUUUCUGAGCAAAGUCUAAAGAGAAAGAGUCUGACGGGAUGAACUGAGGUAGGAUGUGUCAUACUCUCAUCUCCAGGACAUAAUGUCAAAGAGCGGAGGAAGAAUCAGGGAAGGGAGUAGGAAGCAAAUGCACUGGCUUAUUUUCACUUACCUCCUCCUGCUGGCUUCACCAUGCAUGGGCUUCCUCCCCAACUUUUGGUCUCAAGUGUUGACGCUGUCCUGGGGCUCACACACGCACCAGUACAUCACAGAGCAGGCCAUUCUCAAUGUCACCCUGGACACUCUGAAAGGCACCAAAAAACACCAGGGAAACCAUGCCGAGGAACGGACCAGACUAGGCCGUGGCUUCUGGAGAGCUGUGGGAGAGGUGGUGAAGUCCAAUGCUGCCAUGGACUUCCUGAUCUCCACCAGGUCCGACCCGGUGUACCACUUUGAUUCAGAGCGUGUAGACAAUGCUUUAGCGAUGUUACGGCAGUUCUGGACUCAGACUCUGCUCUCAGUGCGGGCUAAAGAGUAUCAGAGUGCUCGUCACAGCUUGGGCCAGCUAUUUCAUUCCCUACAGGACUUCUACAGCCACAGUAACUGGGUGGAGAUGGGCCAGCACUCAAUAUACCUCCACCUGCUGCAGCCAGAGGAGCCUGCCAUCCCUGUGGCUAAAGAGGACACUCCUACAUGUAUGGAGUGCUUCAGUGCCACUUGUCGAAACAACCUCCUGCCAAGCCUAAGAAAUGCACAGCAAGACUCCCAGCUGCUCACCACUGGCUACUUCAGCACCUCCCCUCCAAAACCUCAGGGUAAAUGUAGCCAUGGAGGUAUUCUGGACAGUAGCCGCUACAUGGGGGCUAAAGGAGGCAUCAACAAAGACAGCACCUCACCUCUCUUUUCCCCUCACCAUUACCUCCAUGCGGAAGCUGCUACUUUGGCUACUGAGGCCACCCUCACUGUACUGAGAGACCUCAGGGACAAUGUGGGCUACAAAGCCUUCCUCCGGCUCUUCAGUGUGAAGCAGGUCCCUGCAUUGGUAUUUGUCAUGGACACCACAGGCAGCAUGUUUGAGGAGAUCACUGCUGCUCGCCUACGGGCUCACUCUAUGAUCCAGAGCCGAGCCAACAGCCCUGAGCAGCCCGUCACCUUUGUACUUGUGCCCUUCCAUGACCCAGCCGUAGGUCCAGUCUAUGAGACCGAUGACCCAAGCCAGUUUAUGCAGUACAUGGAGAACCUGAUGGCGCUGGGAGGAGGAGACGAACCGGAGAUGUGUCUCUCGGCCAUUCAGCUGGCGCUCACUCACAGUCCACCAAUGUCAGAGAUCUUUGUAUUCACCGAUGCCUCUCCUAAAGAUGCCCACUUGUUUGAUGAAGUGAAGGCACUCGCACUUGAGAAACAGAGCAAGGUCACAUUUCUCUUAACUGAUGACCCUCAGUACACAACAGAGAUCAGACGGGGGAGAAGGAUCAGGAAGAGGAGGAGUAGGGAACCUUUGCCCUCUGAUCGGUUCUCUCUCUACUCCUCCCUGUCCUCACUGUCAGGAGGACUGACGAUAUUCACCACUAACUCUGACAUCCACAAGGUCUCUACCAUAGUGGAGGAUAACACAGCUGCUGACAAGGUGACCCUACUCCAUGUGGAGAGUGCCCAGGAGUCAAAAUCCUCCUAUUCCUUCAGAGUUGACAGCUCUGUAAAAAAUGUCACCCUACAUGUCACUGGCAUCCUAAAAGAGUGCAUCCUUACAAAUCCAUCAGACCAAAGCCAGUCUUUGCUGAGUGAGCAAGGCCCCCUAGCAAAGUUGGAGCACUUUGAGGGUCUGUACCGCAUCAGCCUGUUUCCUCCUAUACAGCCAGGCCAGUGGAAAGUCCAAGCCACAAGUGACAGAAACAUCAUAUUCAAUGUAAUAGGUGACAGCAGUGUAGAUUUCCUGUAUUACUUCGCCACUGUAACCAAUGAGACACACCCAGGUCUGGCCAGAGUGGAGGGUAGUCCUAUAGCAGGUGCCCCUGCCUUUCUGGUGCUGGCUGUUACAGGCCUGGCUCCAGACGAGGAGGCAUCUUUCAGUCAUGUAACGCUGCUGGGAGCUCAAGGGGAGACGCUGCAGCAGGUUAAGCUGAACUCCUCUUCCUCCUCUUUGUCAUCAUCCCACUCUGUGGAUGAGCUGGUGGGAUGGGUGGACUCUGUUCCCAGAGUUCCCUUCUGUGUUCAAUUUACAGGCCGAGACAGCAGAGGAAACAAGCUGGAGAGGGUUUCUACGGAGAUGGUGCAGCCCACUCAUGUUCAGAUACAGGUGUUGUCUGUCCCUCGCCUGGUACCUGGCCACAGUACAAUGGUGGAGUUCAACAUCCUGAACCACGGCCCGGCUCGACACUUCAGUCUUAGCAUAAAUGACAACUGUGGAUAUCUUCAGAAGAUAGGACCUCUCAGGUUCCAUGUUGCAGGAAAUGGGUCUUUCCAUGAUCAGGUGAACCUCCACACUCCUGCCACGGCUCAGGCAGGAGCAACUGUCACUCUUACACUCACUGUGCGCGCUCUCGACUCUACAGACUCAAAUUACCAAGUUGUCUACUUGACCGUGGUCCCCCCGGAUCCUGACACAUCCCCACCAUCCUGCACUCCUGCUGGAGGUCAAUCCACCUGCCCUUCCAUUUGCAAUGAAUCUAGCUGGAGCGUAUCUCUGGUCGUGUCAGACAGGGGGCGCUCUGGCCUCGCUGCCCUCCAGCUCCAGAAGGGUGAUGGCAUUCUCAGUUUAUUCCUCAGCCCUCCACCCACAGAGGACAGCGUGGGAGACACCCAGCCUGGCUCUGACCAGCAACAGGCACACAGAGAGAAGACAACCAGCGGAGGCUACCACCACCACCACGAUGACUACAUGGCCAGAUUAGAAAAAGGAGACACCCCUUUGAACAUGUCUGAAUGGGUCCUGGACUCAUCUCAGCCACUGUGGGUGAAAUACACGUCCAGCUGCUGCUCUGCUCAGGCAGAGCUGCUGGUGUGGGAUACAGCUGGAAACAUGAAGCGCUGCCAUCUAGCACCUGGUCAGCAGAGGCAGCCAAGAGACAGAAGCACAGAAACCAAUGGAACUGGGAGGAUGACACUCACAAGCCUCUUCUUCUUGCUCUUAAGCCUGGUGUGGUCUCCUUUGCUUUAGCUUGAAAUGAUUACAAAUGUUUUGCAGGUGAAACUAAUCUAAGUGUUGAUCACUGGAUCCCAGUAUUCCUAGUAAUGAGUUAAUCACAGAAGAUAUAAAGCUUGUCCUUUUUUGGAGGAUAAAAUUUGAAAAAUAAGUGUGUACUUAAUGCAAAGUGCACUUAAUUCAAAGAAAAAAACUGAUUGUUGGCUGCGGUAAUUCUAAUGAAAGUGCACUGAAUAA